UGCUCGUGUCAACAGCAACUUCAAGCUUGAAGUUUCUCGCACAUAUCCAGCCGCCACGAGCUAGGAUUGGUCUGCUUAUGGCCCUUUCCCUCUCCAUGCCUCUGUGCUCCUCUAGCGCCCCGUCAGCGCUCAAGAGUUCUCCUAGCUUGCUGCGAGCCGAGCUCUCAGGCAAGGCCGGCAAUCGAACGGUCGGGAUCUGCUUGCUUCCGACUCCCUCCUCUCUCUGCUCGAACCGCCUUGUCGCGCGACCAAAUUCACUAUCCGCGAUCAAUUCAGGGCGCGGGUCGUUACUCGUGUCCGGAAUUUCGUCUGUAAAGACCCGACCACUAGUGACAAUGGCUGCAGCAGCGGCAACCACGGAGGCUCCAACAGACAUCCAGGAGAAUCCGCUGCUGUCGCUGAAUCCCGCGUCGAUCCCGCUGUUCGAUAAGAUCGAGCCGAAGCACGUCGUGCCCGGCAUGCGGGCCAUUCUCAAGGAAGUGGAGGAGCAGCUGGACGCCCUGGAAAAGAACGUGAAGCCCACAUGGGCGGGCCUGGUGGAGCCCCUGGAGCGACUGCAGGACCGGCUGUCGAUCCCGUGGGGCGCGGUGAACCACCUCAACGCCGUCAAGAACUCGGACGAUCUGCGGGCGGCGUUCGAGGAGGUGCAGCCGGACGUGGUGGCGCUCUCGCUGCGCCUUGGGCAGAGCCGCCCCAUUUACGACGCGUUUGUGGCGAUUAGGAACGAUGAGGCGUUGUGGGCGAGCCUCAGCGUGGCGCAGAAGCGCGUCGUUGAGUCCGAGCUCACAUCCGCCAAGACCAGCGGGGUGGCGCUGGAGGGGGAGGCGAAGGAGCAGUUCAACAGGAUCCAGCAGGAGAUAGCGCAGCUCAAGACCAAGUUCCAGAACAACGUGCUCGACGCCACCAAGAACUUCGUCCGCAUCGUCACCGACCCCGCUGACGUGGCGGGCCUGCCGCCCUCUGCGCUGGGCCUUGCUGCUCAGGCCGCUGUUGGCAAGGGUCACGAGGGAGCGACGGCAGAGAAUGGGCCGUGGGCCUUCACGCUCGAUCUGCCCUCCUACCUGCCUCUCAUGCAG